AUGAGCGCGGGCGAACACUUGCACGCGGCGCAGGCGCAGCGGGAUGAGGUGGCGGCGCAGACGUACAUUUGGGGGACGAGGGUGAACGUGCUCGACACGCAGCAGCGCUUUCGGAGGUUUAUCGAAAACUUUGAAUUGCCCGACUCCGCGGAUUCGUACUACGACGAGCGCAUGCGAGAGAUUUACGAAAAAGAGCACACGCACUUGGAUUUGGAUUGUCAACACGUGCACGAGUACGAUGAGUUUUUGUACAAGCAGUUGAUUCAUUAUCCGCAAGAGAUCAUUCCGCUCUUUGAUGUCGUGGCGAACGAAUACUUUUUGGAAAACGUCGUCGCGCCCGAAGAUAUGGACGAGGACACGCCCGCCGCGCGAAUCAUCGUUCGACCGUUCAACAUGAUGGACGCCAAGCCGAUGCGUGACUUGAAUCCUUCGGAUAUUGACAAGAUGGUGUGCGUGCGCGGGAUGGUGACGCGAUGCACGACGAUUAUUCCCGAUCUGAAGCUCGCGUACUUCAAAUGCUUGAUGUGCGGGUUCGCCCCCGAGCACGUUCAGGUUGAUCGUGGACGCGUGAACGAGCCCCCGCUCAAGUGUACGGAGUGCGGAAAGCCAGGGACGAUGACGUUGAUUCAUAACCAGUGCGUCUUCGCGAACAAGCAAACCGUCAAAAUGCAAGAGACGCCGGACGCGAUUCCCGAGGGUGAAACCCCACACACUGUUUCGAUGUGCGUUUUCGACGAACUCGUCGACCAAGCCAAACCCGGCGAUCGCGUGGAAGUCACGGGAGUGUACCGCGCCGUGCCGAUUCGCAUCAGUUCGACGCGAAGGACGUUGAAGAGCGUGUACAAGACGUACUUGGACAUUAUUCACAUUAGAAAAGACGCCGGUAAUCGCAUGCGAAACACCGCGGGCACCGAAGACGACGAAGCGGCGAAGCAUUCUUCCGCCGAGCGCGCAUCGAAACCGGCGAGCAAUCAAAAUCCGAACGCCCAACUCGAGUUCACUCCGGCGAGGACGGCGGAGAUCGAAGAGCUCGGGCGAUCGCCGGAUAUUUACCAACGUCUCGUGGCGUCGCUCGCGCCGUCGAUUUGGGAGUUGGAAGACGUGAAGAAAGGGCUACUGUGCCAACUCUUCGGGGCGACGAACAAGACAUUCAGUGGCACCGCAGCAAAUAAAGUUCGCGGUGAUAUAAACGUUUUACUAGUCGGUGAUCCGGGGGUGGCCAAGUCGCAAUUGUUGACGUACGUCCACCGCAUCGCGCCGCGCGGCAUGUACACCUCGGGCAGAGGUUCCUCAGCGGUCGGUCUCACGGCGUACGUCACACGCGAUCCGGAAUCAAAGGACAUGGUUCUUGAAUCUGGAGCCCUUGUGCUUUCCGAUAGAGGAAUUUGUUGCAUCGACGAGUUUGACAAAAUGUCUGAUAGCGCUCGAUCGAUGUUGCACGAAGUCAUGGAGCAACAAACGGUUUCCAUCGCCAAGGCUGGCAUCAUCGCCGUGUUAAACGCGCGAACAUCCGUGCUUGCCUCCGCGAACCCGGUGGGGAGUCGAUACAACCCAAAUAUGUCCAUGGUGGAGAACAUUCAGCUUCCGCCCACGCUUCUCUCGCGUUUCGAUUUGUUGUACCUUUUGCUCGAUCGCGCGAACCCGGAGACGGAUCGACGAUUGGCGCGACACUUGGUGAGCUUGCACUACAAAGAUCCGCCGCAAAAGAAGCGCGGCGCGAUUGAAGCGUCGUUGCUCACCGACUACGUUUCUUUCGCGCGAUCUCACGUACAACCGGUGCUGAGCGAUGAAGCCGCGGAGGAGCUCGUCGAAGGGUACGUGGAGAUGCGUCGCAUGGGAGGUAGUCGUAAAGUGAUCACGGCGACGCCGAGACAGUUGGAGUCUUUGAUCCGUCUUUCAGAGUCUCUCGCCCGUAUGCGCUUGAGCGUCCGAGUCGAUCGCGACGACGCGAAGGAAGCGUUGCGUUUGAUGCGCGUCGCCAUGCAACAAUCCGCCGUCGAUCCCCGAACGGGCACCAUCGACAUGGACAAGAUUUUAACCGGACACAGUGCGAGCGAUCGUCAACACCGCAAGGUCAUCGCUGACGGUAUCACGGCGUGCUUGACGUCGUCGAGCGGUCGACUUAGAUUGAGUGAGUUGGUAAAGAUGCUCGCGGAGAGAGACGGUUCUAUGGCGCUCAGCGUGCAGGAAGUUCGAGACGCAGCGAUGUUACUCGUCGAGCAAGAGACGUGCUCUAUACGGGGGGACUUGGUUCAGUUGCUGGCUUAG